AUGAGGUUUGUGUGGCUGUCGCUGACACGCAAGUGUAGGUCGUAUGUUAGUACUUCUGACAUAACACAUGGUGGGAUCGGGCAUGGCGGCCCCGUUCCCUGCGGCGGCGGCGGCUGCGGCAGCAGCGGCACAGUUUGCGGCCAAUGGGGAUCUGGCUGGUGUAAAAGCGGAUGCAGCUACACAGCCCUCCAUAGUCAAAAGCGAGGGUCCGCCUCCAGCACCACUCCCACCAGGCAACUUUUCACCACCCCCCAGCAAACACAUGUCACCCAGAACUCAACAGAAAAUCACAACACCAGUACACAAAGCGAAAGUGAGUCGUCCGAUGAAAAGCCAGUCAGUGUAGCAGCGGUCGUAGCACAGCAAGCAGCGGUGGCAGUAGCACAACAAGCGGCAGCAGCGCACGCGGCAGCAGCGGCUGUCAGCGCUGCGGUCGCUGCAAACGCCACUACAACCACUUCUUCAACCGAGAAGACGUUAGUCCCCGUCUCACAAGCGUCACAACCGAAGCGUCUCCACGUGUCCAACAUCCCGUUCCGAUUCAGAGAUCCGGACCUCAGAAACAUGUUUGGGCAAUAUGGCACAAUACUUGAUGUAGAAAUAAUCUUCAACGAACGCGGCUCGAAGGGAUUCGGUUUUGUAACAUUCGCAAAUAGUGGUGAUGCGGAGCGAGCACGAGAGCGUCUACACGGCACCGUGGUUGAGGGCAGAAAGAUAGAGGUUAAUAAUGCCACCGCCCGAGUGCAGACAAAGAAACCUCCAGCAGUGCCAAACGUGUGUGUCCAGUGGCCGGAAGGGCUGCGGGUUUCCGGCGUGACUUGGCCGUGGCUGGGCGCGGCGCCGGCCGCCACGCCCGCGCCGCCGCUCGUGCUGGCCCCGCGCGCCGCUCAGCGACGCAGGUAA